AUGAAGGAGAAGAUUGAGAAGAUAAGCGAAGAGAUUUCAUCUCUUACAGACACAAUCAGAGCCAUAGAGAAGGAGAUUGGAGCUGAUGACAUCUCGUUUCUACAGAGCUACAAGAGCACAGUGGAAAGAGCCCAGUGCACACUGCGGGAUCCAAAGACGUAUUCAGGAGCUCUAAUCGAUGUGGCAAUGCACCUGGGCAACCUGAAGUUCAGAGUCUGGGAGAAGAUGCAGGAGAUUGUUCAGUACACUCCUGUGAUUCUGGAUCCCAACACUGCAGAACCACGACUCAUCCUGUCUGAGGAUCUGACUCGUGUGAGAUACAGUCAGAGACAGCAGCUUCCUGAUAACCCAGAGAGAUUUGAUAUGUAUCACUGUGUCCUAGGCUCUGAGGGCUUUGACUCAGGGACUCACUGCUGGGAUGUGGAGGUUGGAGACGGUACAUGCUGGGAACUUGGAGUGAAGACGGAGUCUGGGGAGAGGAAGGGAGAGAGUUGCUAUAAUAGUGGAGUCUGGAGAGUGCAAUAUUAUGGUAGUAAAUACACAGUACGCUCCCCAUCCCAGCCAGACACCCCCAUCACAGUGAAGCAGAAACUCCAGAGGAUCAGAGUGCAGCUGGACUGGGACAGAGGAAAACUCUCAUUCUCUAACCCUGAUAAUAACACACACAUACACACUUUCACACACACUUUCACUGAGGAAUUGUUUCCACUCUUUUACACACUCUCAUCCCUGAGUAUCUCAACAGUGAAGGCUGCAGUAUCUAUUGAGCAGCUCAAGUAG